UCCGCACACACUCUAGAGACUGUCAAAGUGAUCAAACGGUAAAUAGGGAGAGGGAUUGUGUAGCUGAAGUUUUAGGAAAAUACAUAAAAUCUAACAAUGGAGUACGAUUAUGCUGAUCAGUACGGUGAGUACUCGGGGAAUUUUUCUGGACACUACCCAGAUUACAGCUAUGACUACUAUUCAGACUAUUAUGCUUUUAAAUACGAAGUCAAAGCAGACUGGGAGAUACCAAUCCGAGGACCCAUCACUUUCUGCAUCGCGACGACGACGCUGAUAACGAAUUUCUUGUUGAUAUUUGUUUUCAUCUUCAGAAGCAAUCGUUCUCCAACCACCAUUGUUCUGACUUCAUUAGCAGUUUCUGACUCCUUGAUCUGCAUAACAAGGCUACCGGAAGCAAUAUAUUUCAACAUGGCUCAAAAUUAUAAAAAUCUUUAUAUGAACUACAGCUGGUGUGUAACAAACCAUGCUUUAUUCGUGAUGUAUAGCAUAUUCCGUAUGACAUCCAACUGGUUGACGGCCUUGUUGGGACUGCAGCGUCUUCUCGCUGUUUGCAUGCCGUUCUAUUACUCGAGGAUCUGUAGUACCUCAACUACAGUGAUCAAAAUAGCUUGCAUCGCUGUCAUUUCUGUGUUUGUAUACCUCUACGAAGCACUGGGUAUUGAUAUCAAAGAACUGCCGAUUUACUCCACAAGGUUCCGCAAUGAAACUUUACCGUCCGGUUGCACAAGGGAAAUUUCCAAAUCCUUAAUAAACGUCGUUGGGGAUAUAAAAAAAUCCAUGAUGCUGUUUUACAUCUUCUCUGGAUUUCUGUCUCGUCUAUUGCCAGUGAUCGUGUUACUGAUAACCACUAUAUCUCUCGCAUAUUUACUGCACAAGCGCAUCACCAGUUUCAAAAGCUCAGAUUCUUACAAGAAAGAACAGUUCAAGAGAGUGAAUAAACUAGUGAUAAUCAUUCUCAUUGUAUUCCUCGUCUCCGAAGUCCAGGAUGGAAUCGCAUUCCUGAUUUAUGCAUACGAGCUUGCAACAGACCAAAAAAAUUUAUCUAAGGAGGCUGAUAUUCUCUGGGACACCAUAUCUGACACACUAUCCUUAAUCAGCUAUGACUGCAAUUUCUGGAUAUUCUUCAUGAUGAGCACACAAUUUCGUGUCGCCCUUUUGGAUAUGCUGCGGUGCCGAAAUAAAGGAUUGCGAGAAAUUCUUAAUUUGGAGAGCCCAAAGGGAGGAACAAGUAGAACUUCUUCUAACCGUAUAAAGGAGAGAAAUACAUCUAUAAAAAUAAUAAACAGCAAAUGAGUGACACUGGAUUGUCAGCGGUAACGAUCGCAUAUCAUUCUUAAAUGUAACAAGUAUUCUUAUUCAAGAAGUUAGUAGAACAGAACAAUACUUCUGUGCUGUUUUGUAGCUGUACAAUAAACGAAAUGUCAUUGUCUUAAAUUUUGUUGUACGUUGGAAAUAUGGAAUUAAUCUCUAUAAACUGGGACAAAAUGAG